GCGCAGCGGCACCACCACCGAGCCAGCGUGGAUUAAAACAGCGUGUGUGUGCGGAGAGCCACUCGACAAACGACAGUGUAACCCUCUACGGAGCCCCGGUGUGUAACAGCGAGUCCGAUACACCAGUUUACAGCCGAGAAACGGCAGAGGAAAGGCUGUUGGUGAACUCCGCGGUGCCGUGCAUUGUGUGUCAGACAGGGAGAGCUCGGCGGGAAUGGCUUCAUCUCCGUGCGGCAACAGUAACUUUGAUUCCGGUCUGGAAAUCAAAACUCGCUCGGUGGAGCAGACCCUUAUUCCUUUAGUAUCGCAGAUCACCACUCUGAUCAACCAUAAAGACAAGCCAAAGAAGUCAGAGCGCACCCUGGCAGCCAUACACAGGGUGGGCCAGGCAGUGAGCGUGGCUGUGGGUCGCUUCGUCGCCGUCGGGGAGGCCAUCGCCACGGAGAACCAGGAGCUGAAGGAUGAGAUGGGUCAAGCCUGCUUCGAGGCACGCAGAGCAGGCGAUGCCAUAGCCCAGCUGACAGACGUGGGAUCAGCCCUGCCGUCUCAGUCAGACGGACGUGUCACAGUGUUCAGUGAUAGGACUGGCAUGGUGAAAGCUGCCCGCUUGCUCCUCUCCUCGGUCACCAAAGUCCUGGUCUUAGCUGACCGCAUCGUCAUCAAACAGAUAAUCACAUCGCGCAACAAGGUCCUGGUUACCCUCGACCAUCUGGAAAGAGUCAGCACCUUCCAGGAAUUUGUACAGAUUUUCAGCCAGUUUGGCAAUGAGAUGGUUGAGUUUGCCCACCUCACCGGGGACAGACAGAACGACUUGAAGGAUGAGAAGAAGAAAGCGCGGAUGGCAGCAGCCAGGGCAGUGCUGGAGAAAUGCACCAUGAUGCUCCUCACAGCCUCCAAGACUUGCCUGAGGCACCCAGAUUGCGAGUCGGCGCGGAUCAACAAAGACGCCGUGUUCCACCGAAUGCGCUGUGCCCUGGAGCAGGUCAUCGAGAUAGUCACCGAGGCACGGAGCUGCGGGGAGAACAAGAUCCUCCCUGCCAGCAUCUACGACGGCAUCAAGGACUUCAAGUCCAGCGUGGAGUGCCUGCGGGAGAACCUGUACACCUCAUCACCCCAGAGCGUGGGCAGCCAGCUGGAGGCGCUGGUGGAGCGGACGGAGGACUUCACUGAUUCGGCCUACACCAGCCACGAGCAGCGGCAGGCCAUCCUAGGUCUGUGCCAGCUGGCCCGCCAGGACACUCAGCAGCUGGUGCACGCCUGGGUUGAGGCGCAGUCUGUCCACGCCAAAGAGGCCACAGAGGACAUGGAGGUGGCCAUCCUGAAGACGUGCCAGAGCGUCAACGACCUCCGGCGUGAGCUCCAUAAGGUGGCAGUCGGUCGUGCCUCAGACUUGCUCAAAGUUCACGGGGAGCAGCUGCCUCUACGGGCUCUCAAAGCUGCAGGCGCCGAGGGGAACCUGGAGGCGGUGGCCGAGUAUUCACGCACGCUCACCGAGCAGAAGGAGCAGCUGGUGGAGACGUGCCGGUUGCUGUGCCACGUGUCGGGGUCAGAGCCUCUGGAGAUCACCUGUAUACACGCUGAGGAGACCUUUCACGUCAUUGGUCCACAGAUCAUCUCAGCAGCCCAGACGCUGGCCCUCCACCCAUCCAGCAAGAUCGCUAAGGAGAACCUGGAGGUGUUCUGCGAGGCCUGGGAGUCGCAGCUCUGCGACAUGGCUCUGCUGCUGAGAGAGAUCAAUGACGUCUUCGAAGGCAGGCGAGAUAAUCUCAAUAACUCUCUACUCCCAGGAGACAAAAGACCUUAUUUGUCACUUCCCAGACCCGGGAAACACUCGCUCACUAACUUGAAGACUGCCAAGGCUGUCAGGUUGGAUGCAGAGGAGCAGACAAGCAUGGCCAAGUUGGGUCUGGAGCUUCGUCUGCUGUCGUCGGACGUGGACACGGAGGUGGAGAAGUGGGAGGAGCAGGAACACGACAUCAUCCGGCAGAGCCAGAGCCUGGCCAGCAUGGCCUACAACAUGCACCUGUUCACCAGAGGGGAGGGGCUGCUGAAAACAACACUAGAUCUUUUUCAUCAGGCUGAGGUUCUUUCUGAAGAGGGGCUCCAGCUGUGCUCGUCUGUCCGCACUUUUUCCACUCAGCUGGUUGAUGAGGAAAAGUCUUUGGUGGUGACAGAGAUGGAGAAACUGGUGGCAUUAUGCCAACAGCUGCAGAUGGGGGCCAAGACUCCUGUGCAGGGCAAGACUGCCACCUUCCAGAAGGUGGACGCAUCCAUUCAGACAACCAGAGGUAUCUUGACUGUGGUGCUCUCCCUCCUCCCGCUCUGUAACAAGCUCAACAGAAAGUACAAGUCAGAGAGGAGUAGCUUGGGUUCCCCACAGGACUGGAGGGAGAGGCAGGAUGCGGCCACACCUGUCAAAGAGGAGGGACCUCUUAACAGCAAGAACAGCAAUGGCUUCGGUGUCAAAUCCUUGGAGCAGCACAUGGCUGGCCUCAACCUCCUGGAAAGCAAAUAAUCCAGGAAGCAGUCACUUCCCUUGUCCACUGUUCUCCCAGGGAGCAGCACAUAGCCAACCUCACCUGUUCUUGAGGACAUGUAGUCCAGGAAAUACUACACACCCCUCAUCCUCAUGCACCCACCCAAGGUUUACAGUGGAAAAAAGAAGAUCCAAGGUCUCUGUGCCCAGGGGCAGUUUUACCCCUAAGUGGUUGGCUGCCUGAAGCACCAGUCCAGUUCCACCCCAGUCCACAAGAUGGAGACAAUCAGCCAAUGCUAUGACUUUGCCAUUCACAGUGAGCCACUUAAAAGAGUGAGGGUUACAUAAAGAGUUGAAAAACUGGUCAAAAAUCAGGAAAGAUCUCCUCUUGAUGCUCAGCUCAGCCAUACAUCUGUCUUCACUAUGUGCCUCUGUGUAACAAGCCUAUUUGCUUUGUGGUGUCCUGUAAACGUGUUGCACAUGUUAGCCAAAUGAGAGAAAAAAAACUAAACAACCCUCAGUGAAAUGGCUGAAAACCCACCAUGCAUGAUGCCAUCAUCACCAAACCCUUGUGUUUGUUUAUGGUCAAUGUGUCAUAGGUUUGUAAUGUUAACUAAUAUUAGCCACAGUGGUACAUUCUGUCCUUGAUCACUGCUAUUGCAGUCAGCGUCUCACUUGGAUAAAGAAGUAUCUCAAAAGUCAACCACGCCAUAUGAUUAAUGUCUGAUUUCCAUAGUUUGCUAUGAAAUGUUCCCAAUGUGCCAUGUUAGUAACAAAAUGCAAAAAUCUCAAUUUAAUGCCAAAUAUGACUGUCCUCACGAAGACGCUUUGAUCUUCAGCUUGCUCGUAUGAAAUAUAAAGCUCUUAGUCCUCCGGUGGAUAUCACCGGAGAUUUUUAUUUGGUGUCUCCAAAAAGUCAGAUAAGGAUGAAACUCAUCACCAAGAUGCUUUUGGGAUGUCAGAACCUUACUUUAUACUGUCCGUAGUAUUAUUAAAUCAUAUUCUGUGUAUACUGUUAUACUAUUUCCUCACAAAAGAAAUGAAAGAUAACUCUGAACUUGCACCUGUGUCAGAUGGAGCCUUGAAGUGUACUUGUUAUGAAGACUAUCAUUGUGAAGCUGCCUCGUAGGCCAGUAUGUAUUACAUGGUAUAUGGUAUAUAUAAUAUGGUACUUGAAGCAUAGAUAUAUAGCAUAUAUAUAUAUAUAUACAGUAAGUAUACUAAAGUAAUGACUUUGGUACAAGGUGAGGGUGUGAUAAUGACUGAAAUGAAUAACAAACAUUAAGCUUUAGAGUUGCUUUGUACAGUGUGAGAGCAGCUAAGGAUGCUGGGUAUUGUAGUGGGACUACAGAUGUGAAGAAAUCAUAGAUCUAGUUUUGGACCAUCUAUUCUUUUGACAAUUCAAAGGUUAAUAAAAGUGACACGUAAAAAAUAAACAAUAUUUU